AUGAGGCGCGGCUACACAGCACAACAACCGUCUUGUUUAGUGAGCUACGAUCUUGAAUCGGUCGUAGUCCAUAUGAGAACCUUGCACAAUGCGAGAUUCGAUUAUGGAUGGUGCUGGGUGAUACGAAGUGGUCACCCCCUUGGGAUGUUUACUUCUAUUUUUUGGAUUUCUGGUCCAAUAUCACACCCAAGCAGUCAAUGUAGUCACAACUCAUGUGAUCCGUACAAGGUAGAUGGCACUAUCGUUUCGGAUGGGCAUCGACAGGCUCACGUCCCAAGUACCACCGGAUCUUCCUUCGUCACAUAUCCGAGACUCCACUUGGCAUCCGAUCGAAAUGGUUGGGGCCAGUAUACCGACACAUGUGGAGAUUUCGUCUAA